AUGAUUUUCUUUUCAAUAUGUUCUCAAAGACUUUCCAUCGAAUUGGCAAAACGACUCAAUGGAGAAAUAAUCAAUGUUGAUUCUGUACAAAUGUAUCAAGAAUGUACCAUUGGUAGUAACAAAAUUUCUAAGAAUGAAAUGCAAAACAUCCCUCAUCACUUGAUUGACAAUGUUUCUUUAAAAAGAUGUGCUCAUGAUGUUAAAUAUCAAUACACGGUGCAUCAAUUUUACAAAGAUGCUCACAAGUUAUGUGCUGAAAUUCUUUCCAGAAACAGAAUACCAAUUCUUGUUGGAGGAUCUGCCUAUUACAUUGAUGCAUUUAUUAAUGGAGUUGUACCAGAAAAUUCACAACCAGAAACAAUAUCUCUAUUAUCACGUGAUGAGUCAACAGCAGUUUCAGACAGUGAGUGGGACAGAAGAUAUAAAAUUCUUCAAGAAUUGGAUCCUGAAUAUGCUUCAAAAAUUCACAGAAAUGAUUUAUAUAGAUUGAAUCGAUCGUAUCAUAUUGUGACCACAACAGGAAAGACAAUGAAGCAAUACAAGUAUGGUGAAUUAAAUUGCAAAGCUGAUGAGAACAAAUUAGAUAUUAGAGGAGCAAUUUUAUAUUUAGAAAGAUAUAAAUUAUAUCCCAAGUUGGAAAAACGAUGUGAAGAGCUUGUGGAACUUGGAUUAAUUGAAGAGGUCUAUGGACUAUUACAACAGGGUAUAUUAUUGGACCAUACAGUACCAUAUCGAGCAAUAGGUUACAGACAAACGAUUGAUUUUAUUAACAAUGUCAAGACUUUGAAAAAAGGACCAAAUUUUGACUCAUCUCUCCAAUAUCAUUUUUUCAGAUUCUUGCAAGAGUUUAAACAGGCAACAAGAAAAUACUCGAAACAUCAAAAUACAUGGUUUAAGAAGGAUAAUGAAUAUUAUGAAUGGAUUGAAGCUGAAAAAUUUGGAGGAAAUUUGAAUGCAAUGACAAAUUAUGUAAUUGACAAUAUUCUAAAUGUUUCUCAAGAAGAUUUCAAGAAGCAUGUGCAAAGUGAAGAACAAAUGAUUUUGAAAACCAAAGCUUGCAGAGCAGAGAAUGAAGUGAUGAGAGACAGCACUGCAAAGGGCAAUGCAACAAGACGAAAAACCUUCCUUGUUAAAAGCAAGACCAACGACAUGAAUUGUUUGUACAUUUAUAAGGACCAUGGAAUUCUCUCCAAUCGAUUGAAUCAAAUCAAGAGAUUGCUCUUUGAAAAUGUUUCGAGCAUUUAA